AUGACUACGCUAGCUGUUCAAAAUGCUGUUACCAACGAUGUCUCAAAACCUCAGAGUCGAAAAAGAGAGAAAAUCAUCGAGCUCGUAGAUAUUGGUGGUAAGAAGGUUAGUACAACUUCUACAGGUAAACGGAAAUUUCACAACAAAUCUAAGAAUGGUUGCGACCAUUGUAAGAGAAGGCGGGUGAAGUGUGAUGAAGGGAAACCGAUGUGUGACAAAUGUGUUAAAAUGAAACUGGAAUGUGUUUACACACCCGUUCAGCCUCCUAAAAGAAGAACAAGAACAAGAGUUAAAUAUAUAACGAGGGAUGCAAAUGGGGAAAUAAUUGAAACUGAAAAACCGCAAGUAGAGGGUAAAGAUGUGAAUGGAGAUCUACCGCCAAAAGCUGUAUCUGAAAUUCCAGGUAGGAAAUUUAUGCUUUCUGAUCCAAAAGAUUCAGGGUUACCUGCAUCAAUAAGUAAUUUACUGUCUAAGGGCACCUCUUUGGAUCCAAAAACUACGAAUGAAGGUAAUGCUCAAGAUUAUCAUAAUGCUUCGAAUAGAAAUCAACCUAAUGAUAUCUCUUUGAAAAGUUUGGCUGGCAUUGAGAAAUCUCUGUUAUCACAUAUGUCAGGCAACAACCUCCUUAACAAUACAAGCAACAUCUUGGGUAUUCCAAACCAAAGUUUAUUAUCAGGUAAUCAAAUUCAGCAGCAUUUGCAAUUACUGCAACAAAUGAAUGAUUCUAAGCCUGAUGGCAAAACUUCUUCUAGUUUUGCAGACACCAGUCUUCCUCAUUUGAAUAUGAAGGAAAAUGAAGAAAAAUCGAACAUAUCUCAGCAUAAAGUAUUGGUUCAAUUGCAGCAGCAAUUACAACUCGAAAGACAUCAAAAGCAGCAGUUGGCACAAUACCAGAAGUUACAGAUGGAACAACAGCAGGAAUUUAUAAAAAGAAGCCAGGAGCAUGAAAACAGUAGUAGCUCUAAAUCUUCUCUGGCUGCCGAAUCAGUGUCUUCUUAUGAUGAGCAAAAAGGCAAGAUUGAUAAUAACAACAAUUCCGCAACGGCUGUUCAAGCUGAUACCUUGGCUCAAUUGAGUAAACUGGGAAUCAGCAUGAAAGGUUUGAGUUCGUUGUUGACAGCUGGUUUUGGUGGUGUUCAAUAUGAUUUUCAGGCACUUCUUGGUUUAAAAAAUCUUGGUCAAAGUAAGCAGGACAAAGCAAAUUAUGCGCAUGAUGCAUUGACAUCAAUGCAGGAGGAUCAUGAGUAUGCAAGAGAUGAAAAAAUCAAGAUGGAAACGACAGCAAAUAAUGAUAUAAAUAGAAUGCUGGGAAGUUCAAACAAUGUCAGUACACCUAAAUUGGCCGAUACCCCAGGAACAACAAGUAUUUUAAACAUGACACCGUUGAUAAGGGAGGCUCUUGUAGGUAGUAUGUCGUCUCCCUCCAUGUUUGAUAGGUCAAGAGAAAAUAAUAUUCUAAACGUGCCAACACCAACUAUGAGUCAGAACAUGGUUCCAGCAGAUAACCUUUUGGGAAACAAUGUCAAAAACCUAGAACAACUGUCUAAAUCAAGCAAUCUGAACUUAUUAGACUUAAAAACUUUCCAUCAUUAUUGUACUAAUGUAUGGCAAACUAUUGUAGCAGCUAAUAUAUCUGAUCCGCAGGUGUGGAAAAAUGAAAUCCCCGCCAUGGCAUUUGAAUAUCCGUUUCUAAUGCAUUGUAUUUUAUCAUUUAGUGCUACACAUCUUUCAAGGACUGAGGCUGGUCUAGAGGACUAUAUUACUAACCAUAGGUUGGAAGCACUAAGCCUUUUGCGCAGUGCAGUUCUUAAUAUCACUGAGGAAAAUACAGACGCUUUGGUCGCAAGUGCAUUGUUGUUAUUGAUGGAUUCUCUAGCAAAUGCGUGGAAUAAUCACGAUCCUCACAUGCAAUUACCUAAAGAUACAUCAAAUGCGACUGAUAUUUUGAAAAAGAACGGCAUGUUAUUGAAUGCUAUGUCACCAUCAGCAUGGAUUUUCCAUGUCAAAGGUGCUGCAACCAUUCUUACUGCGGUAUGGCCACUAAGUCCAAAAUCGAUAUUCUUUAAUAUCAUUUCUGUCGAUCUGAGUGAAUUUGCUAACUCUAUCAAUCACGAAAAUAAUACUAUAACGGAACUCAUUUGUUUUGAUGAGAGUAUAUCGGAUUUGUAUCCCGUUGAGAUUGAUUCUCCAUACCUUAUUACACUAGCAUAUUUACACAAACUUCAAGGAGAAAGAAAGAAGAAGGAUUUUUUAUUGAAGAUAUUUGCUUUUCCUGCGUUAUUAGAUAAAACCUUCCUUUCCUUAUUAAUGACUGGAGAUAUUGGGGCAAUGAGAAUCAUGAGAAGCUAUUAUAAGAUAUUGAUGAAUUUUACUAACGAUGUAAAAGAUUCAGUUUGGUUUCUGGAGGGAUUAUCUCAGGUAUUACCUCAAGAGGUUGAUGACUACAGCGGAGGUGGUGGUAUGCAUAUGAUGUUGGACUUUUUGGGUGGUGGGUUGCCUUCUCUGGUGGCAGCCAAUAUUAACGAAUACUUAUAG